UCUUGAUACAAGGGAUAUUAAUGUGAAAGUGCACUUCUUUGGAGAACAUUCACAGAAGAAACUUUAAAUGAAGUGAAAUCUUUUGCAGCAGUAUUCUGAAAUUGUUAAACAGAGAUGGAGAAGUUAGAGAAUGGAAUUUAUACGCAAAAUGCCUUCACAAACAACGCUUUCCAGAUGGAAGAUAUUCAUCUUGAACAAAAGGAAAAUAAUUUUCCCGAUGUUGAGAAAUCAUUGGAGAAGUCCAAUGCUCAGCAGAAACCACCUUCAGAAAACAAUACAGCAAGAGCAGAAUGGGGUGGAGGACUACAAUUUUUAAUGGCAUGCAUUGCCACUUCUGUGGGUCUUGGAAACGUAUGGAGAUUUCCAUUCACUGCCUAUGAGAAUGGAGGUGGUGCUUUUCUGAUACCUUACAUCAUAAUUUUAUUAUUCGUCGGCAAACCUUUCUAUUUUUUGGAAGGCCUUCUCGGUCAAUUCACCAACAAAUCAUGCGCAAAAACAUGGAACAUGGUACCUGCAAUGAAAGGUCUAGGAUAUGGACAAGCAUUUGCAGCAACCUGCGUAGUGUCUUAUUAUUGCGCUCUAAUGGGUUUGACGUUAUACUAUCUAGUAGCAAGUUUCCAAUCUGAACUACCUUGGUCCUAUUGUCGAGAAGAAUGGCAGGGUCAAUGCGUAGACGCUGUUUCGAAGGACAACAACAUAAGCAAGAGCGCGAAGUUGCUUGAUAACGAUAACGGUACCCUUCGUAGCUCCGCAGAAUUAUACUUUAGGAAGAUCGUUCUGAACGAGUAUGACUCCAUCGAGGAUGGAAUUGGUACUCCUUCCUGGCAACUCACCAUCUGUCUUUUCUUAAGCUGGAUGACGAUAUUCAUCGUGCUUUGCAGAGGAAUAAAAAGCACAGGAAAAGCAGUAUAUUUCCUAGCAAUAUUUCCUUAUAUCGUUAUGAUUGCUCUGUUACUUAGAGCAGUGACUUUGGAUGGUGCUGUCGAUGGGAUUCUAUUCCUAGUCACUCCGAAAUGGGACAAAUUGUGGCAACCCACUGUGUGGUAUGCAGCAAUCACCCAAUGUUUCUUCUCCUUGUCAGUUUGCUUUGGUCCCAUCCUUACUUACUCAUCCUACAGUAAUUUUGGGCACAACGUUACCAGGGAUGUCAUGAUAGUGACCACUUUGGACACGUUUACAAGUCUGAUAGCAGGUUGCACGAUUUUCGGUAUUCUAGGAAAUUUAGCCCACGAGAUAGGCACCGAAGACAUAUCAACAGUGGUCCGUGGAGGUACCGGACUAGCAUUCAUUUCUUAUCCAGAAGCAUUGUCUAGAUUCAAAUUGGUUCCCCAACUGUUUGCUGUUCUUUUCUUCGUGAUGAUGUUCGUCCUUGGCGUUGGAAGCGCAGUGGCUCUUUGCGGUGCCGUCUUCAGCAUCCUCUGUGAUCAUUUUCCAAAAGUGAAUCACUGGAAGUUGGUGCUGAUGGUGUCGGUUUUCGGGUUCUUCGUUAGCCUCGUCUACGUCACUCCUGGCGGUCAGUGGUUCAUAACACUGGUAGAUUAUUAUGGUGGCACGUUUGUGGCGAUAAUAGUGGGUGUAUUAGAGAUGGUAACUAUUUUCUGGAUCUAUGGUCUGUCGAAUUUUCUCAAUGAUAUAGAGUUCAUGCUGCGGUCGAGACCCUCCUUCUAUUGGAGACUCUGUUGGGCCUUCAUCACGCCUGUAUUGAUGAUUGUUAUUUUAAUUUACACGAUCGCCACUUAUGAACCACCUACUUAUGAUGGAUUCAUGUUUCCCACAUAUGCUUAUGGUAUUGGCUGGUUCUUACUGUCCCUGGGAGUUUUAGCAAUCCUUGGUUGCAUUUUGCAGAAACUAAUAGAGAAACGAUCAUCAUCCUUGAUAGAAACUAUUAAAGCAGCAUUUAGGCCCGAUGAGAAUAAAUGGGGACCCAGUGAUCCUAAAAUUCGGCUGAAAUGGAAGGAGUUCAUAGCCGAGAAGAAUUUCCAACAUCGAGGUGGCUUUGUCCAGACUUUUUUCAAAUAAAAAACAAUUCCUGUCUGUA